AUGGUGAUUAAAAUCCGACUAGCGCGCUUCGGCCGCCGUAACCUGCCCUUUUACAACAUUGUCGUCGCCCACGCACGCACGGCGCGCAACUCCAAGCCCCUCGAGGUCAUCGGCACCUACGACCCCGUCCCCAAAGCCGACCCCUACGAGAACGCGGCCGCCGCCAACGGUAGCAACGCCCGCCCACCCCUCCACAAGGACGUCCGCCUCGACACGCAGCGCGCGAGGUACUGGAUCGGCGUCGGCGCGCAGCCCACGGACACUGCGUGGCGGUUGCUGAGCCUGGCGGGCAUCCUGCCCAAGAAGCAGUUCGGCCCGACGCGGCCGCCCCCGACGGCGACGGUCAAGGCCGAGGACGUCCGCAUCCGCUGA